AAGUAAGCCCUUCCUUGCUCGCGACUCGAGAGAGAUGGAAAAUGGAAUUGGACGAUUCAAUUGUAAAACUUUAGAACAAAGUUAAAGCACAAAGGAGGAGAGGAGACGACAGACAAUUGCUUCUUUUAAUAAUAAUAAUAAUAAUUAUAAUAAUAACAAGCGUUUCUUGCUCUCUUUCUAGUAACUACUCCUUCCUUCCUUCUGAGUUUCUACUCCCUGCCCGGCGGCGACAAUGCUAUCGCCGGAGCUCCAAACCCGCUCCUUCCGCCCUUUCAUAUCGCCUUCCAUGAGUGCUCCUUCCUUUCCCACAUCCUUCGGCGGCGGCGGAAGCGGCGGCGGCGGCGGUGCCUUCUCUCCGGAUAGAAGCCCAAAUCCUAAAUCUUCCUUCUACGGCGGCGGCGGAGGCUAUCCUCGCUCUUCCUCUACCAGAUCUGUCAAGAACAAUCGCUUUUCUCCUCAGACCUUUGCUCACAACGCGCGGAUCGCCAUCGCUCUCAUCCCAUCCGCCGUCUUCCUCCUUGACCUCGGCGGACGUCCGGUCUUCGCCGCCCUCACGCUCGGCCUCAUGAUUGCCUAUAUACUCGAUUCUCUCAGUUUCAAGUCCGGUUCCUUCUUUUCCGUCUGGCUCUCGCUUAUUGCUGCUCAGAUCGCUUUUUUCUUCAGCUUUUCUUUUGGUUCUACCUUCAAUUCUAUCGGUCUUACUGCUCUCGCAACUCUUGUAUGCUCCGAGGCUAACUUUUUGAUCGGAGUUUGGGCCUCUCUCCAGUUUAAAUGGAUUCAAAUUGAGUAUCCCACCGUCGUCCUUGCCCUAGAACGCCUUCUCUUUGCCUGCGUUCCCUUCACGGCUUCCGUUCUUUUCACCUGGGCUACUGUCUCAGCUGUUGGUAUGAAUCACUCCUCGUAUUAUCUUAUGGUCUUUCAAUGUGUGUUCUAUUGGCUGUUCUCUAUUCCUCGCGUGUCAUCAUUCAAAUUGAAGCAGGAAGCUGGUUACCAUGGAGGAGAGGUUCCGGAUGAUAAUCUUAUUCUUAGCCAGCUUGAGAGUUGUCUGCAUACUUUGAGCUUGUUGUUCUUACCUCUUGUGUUUCAUAUGGCUUCACAUUACAAUGUUAUGUUUUCUUCAGCGGCCUCUGUUUGUGAUUUAUUUCUUCUUUUCUUCAUUCCUUUCCUCCUUCAACUGUAUGCCUCAACAAGAGGUGCACUUUGGUGGGUAACCAAGAAUGACCAUCAACUCCACAGUAUUCGACUGGUAAAUGGUGCCGUUGCUUUGGUAUUUGUUGUUAUAUGCUUGGAGGUCAGAGUGGUGUUCCAUUCGUUUGGGAGGUACAUUCAAGUGCCAGCGCCACUGAACUAUCUUCUUGUCACCAUCUCAAUGCUUGGAGGGGCAGCUGGUGCUGGUGCUUAUGCCAUUGGUAUGAUAGCUGAUUCAUUUAGCUCAAUGGCUUUCACUGCCUUAGCCGUACUGGUCAGUGCUGCUGGAGCAAUUGUCGUGGGAUUUCCAAUACUGUUCAUUCCACUCCCUUCAGUUGCCGGUUUCUAUUUGGCUCGCUUCUUUACCAAGAAAACUCUGCCAUCUUACUUUGCCUUCGUUGUGCUUGGGAGUUUAAUGGUCACAUGGUUUGUGCUGCAUAACUUUUGGGAUCUUAAUAUUUGGAUGGCAGGAAUGUCAUUGAAGUCAUUCUGUAAGUUAAUAAUUGCCAGUGUCAUUUUGGCUUUGGCUAUCCCUGGUUUAGUUCUUCUUCCACCAACACUCCGUUUCUUGAGUGAAAUUGGUUUAAUAAGCCAUGCACUGCUUCUAUGCUACAUGGAAAAUCGUUUCUUCAACUACUCAAGCAUAUAUUACUACGGUUUUGAGGAUGAUGUGAUGUAUCCUAGCUACAUGGUUGUCCUGACUACCUUUGUUGGCUUGAGUUUGGUAAGGAGACUUUCGGUAUGCAAUCAAAUUGGACAAAAAGCUGUUUGGAUCCUAAUAUGCUUGUAUUCGUCCAAGUUGGCCAUGCUAUUUAUCACAUCAAAAACUGCGUUAUGGGCAUCAGCUGUUCUCUUGUUGGCCAUCUCCCCUCCAUUACUUCUCUACAAGGACAAGUCAAGUACUAUAUCGAAGAUGAAACCUUGGCAGGCAUACACACAUGCUGGUGUGGUUUCCCUAUCAGUCUGGUUUUGCCGGGAAUCAAUUUUUGAGGCUCUUCAGUGGUGGAAUGGAAGAGCUCCAUCUGAUGGUUUACUGUUGGGUUGUUGCAUUCUUCUUACGGGAUUGGCUUGUAUCCCUAUUGUUGUCAUCCACUUCUCUCAUGUCAUGUAUGCUAAGAGAUGCUUGGUACUAGUUGUAGCAACAGGAGUAUUGUUCAUUCUUUUACAGCCUCCAAUCCCUUUAACAUGGACAUACCACUCAGACCUCAUCAAAGCAGCACGUCAAUCAGCAGACGAUAUCUCAAUAUAUGGCUUCAUAACUUCAAAACCCACAUGGCCAUCAUGGCUUCUCAUCACAUCAAUCCUACUGAGCCUCGCUGCCAUAACCUCCAUCAUCCCAAUCAAGUACAUCGUCGAAUUAAGAACAUUCUAUGCCAUCGCCAUGGGAAUUGCACUCGGAACCUACAUUGCCGCCGAAUAUUUCUUCCAAGCAACAAUCUUGCACGCUCUGAUUGUCGUCACAAUGAUCUGCACUUCGGUUUUUGUGGUCUUCACCCAUUUCCCAUCGGCAUCGAGCACCAAACUAUUGCCGUGGGUUUUCGCUCUUCUCGUUGCUUUAUUUCCAGUAACGUAUCUAUUGGAAGGCCAGGUGAGGAUAAAAAGCUUACUCGAAGGAGGAGGAGAAGACGAUAAUAGGCUGACAAACUUACUCGCAGUUGAGGGUGCGAGAACGUCUCUCCUUGGCCUGUAUGCUUCCAUCUUUAUGCUGGUAGCUCUUGAAGUGAAAUUUGAGCUCGCGUCCCUUAUGAGAGAAAAUACUCUCGAAAGAGGUUCAUCUGUUCUUCCACCGAAGAUGAGAUUUGUUCAGCAACGUCGAGCCACAACUGUCUCGGCUUUCACUAUCAAAAGAAUGGCUGCCGAGGGUGCUUGGAUGCCAGCUGUUGGAAAUGUAGCUACGGUAAUGUGUUUCGCGAUUUGCCUGAUCUUGAACGUGAACUUAACGGGCGGGUCAAACCGGGCAAUAUUCUUCUUGGCUCCGAUUCUGCUUCUCCUGAACCAGGAUUCGGAUUUCGUUGCGGGUUUUGGGGAGAAACAGAGGUAUUUUCCUGUUACGAUGGCGAUCUCGUCUUACCUGAUGUUGACUUCGGUGUAUGCAAUAUGGGAAGAGAUUUGGCAUGGGAAUGUCGGGUGGGGAUUGGAGAUUGGAGGGGCGGAUUGGUUUUUUGCGGUGAAAAAUGUUGCGUUGCUUAUAUUGACAAUUCCAAAUCAGAUAGUGUUUAAUCGAUUUGUUUGGGGAUUUACGAAGCAGAACGAGUGGAUGGCGUUGGUAGCCUUGCCGCUCAAUCUGCCUGCGGUGAUAAUAACGGAUGUGGUGAAGGUUAAGAUAUUGGGGCUACUUGGGAUGAUAUAUGCUUUGGCACAAUAUUUGAUCUCUAGACAACAAUAUAUAUCUGGGUUGAAGUUUAUUUAGUGGGUUGAACUACUUACUUUACAUUUGUACAAGAUGGAUGAUAGAGACAGUGAGACAAAAAUGACAGUUUUUACAAAGGUGAGUUUAUUGUUGUUUGUAACCUUCAUCAACUAGGGUGGGUGGGUUGGCUUUCCUGUGGCUGGUUAAAUCACGAUCUUAAAAUCAUAAAUAGGCUGUUUGUUUACUUUAGUAUGUGAAUUGGUUCAAUUUUAUCUGUUUGUUGGUCAGGGUACU